AUGUGCUCCACCCUGCGCUUGUUGGUGCUUAUAAGCAUAAUAGGAUGUGUCGAAUUGAUCACAGUCAGCACUCCACAUAAAUUUGUCAAUGUUACAAAGGGUGGAAGUAUCCUACUCCAAUGUAUGUUUGUGACCACUGAGCAGACUACCGGCCUUAACAUCCAGUGGGAUUUUAUUUCAUCAUCCUCCUUGAAGGCACAGCAGGUAUAUUACUAUCAAUCAGGAAUGGAUGUCAUCACAAAAUCUUAUGAGGGCAGGCUUCAGCCUCCCUCUUUCCCUAACGCAACCAGAAACGCCUCAAUAGUAAUAAGCAACAUGCAACCAUCAGAUACCGGAGUCUACACCUGCGAGGUUCACAACUUUCCUGAUGUGGCCGGAAAGUCUCAGGCCAACAUCAUUGUGAAUGUUCUUGAGAGUCCCUCUGCUCCGUAUUGCUCCGUCCACGGGGAUGUGGAAUCUGGUCAUUUGGUCACUCUGACCUGCCACAGUGAGCGUGGCAGCCCGCCCCCGACAUACACCUGGAUCAGACUGGAUCAGACCAAGACAAGGAUGCCUGUACUGGGAAGAACGACCCAAACCGGAAUACUGGAAAUCAGAAACAUAUCCCAGUUUGAGUUUGGGGAGUACCAGUGCAACGCUACAAAUGUGGUGGGAUUUUCAACUUGCACUAUAGAGCUGGGUCACGAAGUGGGAGACGGAGUGAUUGCUGGUGCGGUGAUCGGCGCGCUGCUAGGCUGUGUCCUCAUCAUCCUGGUCGUGUGGUUCAUCGCUCACACUUUGAAGAAACGCAAAUACAAAGCGGUCAGAGCAUCCGAGGCCAACGAGAUGAAGAGGAGCCCUCAUCAGGCCCAGGAAGACUCAGAGGGUGUUCCCAUGGCAACCACAGCCGGCAACCUCCAGGCCGAGGAUGAGCCACACGCCUAAAAAAGGCCUGUUGAAAACAACCGGAGCGACGUCACGAUUGUGAAUAACAGGAUGUCCAGUCUCCAACAUACGUCAUUCUCAAAUUGUGACCAUAAUUGGCAUUAUCAAAUUUCAUCUAGGUGGCAGCAAACUUCCAUUGGAGCCUAACACCGUAACCAAAGCCUUCUAUCAGGU